CACAUGGGCUGCAUUCACAUGCUUCAGUGCAGGAAGUCUCUGUCCCAGCUGUGUGCAUGGAGUGUCACUUUUCUGUAACAGGCAAAGAAGAAGGAGAGGAGUGAUGGAGAAGAAGGGUCACUGAGGAUCUGCAGUAUCUGAUCCAUCGCUGUAGACCUCGGGGGACGGCGGAUAUUACAAUGAAGUGUAUACUCAUUGUCUCGGAGGGAGCGGAAGUCCUGUUCUGCUGGGCGGACGAAGAGUUCGAGAAGAAUCUACACAGCAGAUACUCUGUAUGUGACGAGCUUCUGCAGUCUCCGAACAUUGGUGACAGCAUCAAUACCCUCUUUGCCCCUCUGAUCAUCUCUUGUGUGACGCUGCUGGAGAAGAUCGGGGACACGUACACCUGCUUCACCGCUGAGAAUGGCCACCUCUGUGUGCUGCACAUGUUUGGAGAAUGUCUUUUCAUUGCUGUCAAUGGGGACAGAGAAGAAAACGAGGACGACUUGAGGAGGAAGAUUUUCGUCUUGAAGAGACUCACUGAAGUUCACUUUGGUUUGGUCACUUUGGACAGUCAACUAAUCAAAAAAGAACUGCGACCGCCAGAUUCGGAUCAGCGGAACCUCGUGUGGAAGACGUUCCAGAGUCUGCUCCUAACGUACGGCCGCCUGCAGCACGAAGACCAGAGCUUCGCAGUAGAGGCAGUAGAGCGUCUGAUACACCCCAAGCUUUGCGAGCAGUGCAUAGAGUUCCUGGAGAAGCAGAUCGUGCAGUACAUUAACGGCAGCAAUGAGCGAGGCGGCGAGGAGGUCCUGCAUGCCUUCGUCCUGGUCAACACCAAACUUCUGGCACUUUUCUCCAGCCGGAACGCCAGCUCCCUGAGGCCCGCAGAUCUCCUGUCCUUGAUUCUCAUCGUCCAGGACCUGUACCCGGGCAUCAAUCUACUGCAGGAGCAGAGCAUCCCGGGCACCGAAGACAAUGCGGCCUCAGAAGAGUAUUUUACCCCCGACCCGUCCCCCAGCACAAGCAGCUUAGAAGGUGGCGGCAGCUCGAGGGAUGACGAUUCAUCGCUGUCUAGUUUUGGGGACAUUGAGAUUCAGAUUGCUGAAGACAGUUUGAGGACUAUGGUCGGCCCUGCACCAGAAUCUACCAACACGCGGCGGGUAUUUCUGGAUGCCAACCUGAGAGAGGGGUACUGCCCCAUGAUGCCUCAUUCCAUGUACUGCUUGCCUCUGUGGCAUGGCAUGUCCUUGGUCCUUUUGACAAAGUUCUCUGGAAGCCACAUCGCUCUGUCCCUGUACCAGCUGCUGGAUGGGUUCAGUGUGAUGGAGAAGAAGCUCCAGGAGGGGCAAGACAUUCAUCAAGUUGUGCGGUCAAAUCCCAUCAUGGCUGAGCUCAAGCAAAGAACAGAUCGCUUUGUUAAGAGCCUUGGUGGUCGGGAAGUUCAGUUACAGAACAUUUGGCUUGAACUCAAGAACAAAGCAUUCUCCAGAAAUGAGACCGCCAGUCUGGCAGAACUCCUUCAAGUGUGCGGAAAUCUAAAGCGUCAGCUCUGCUGCAUAUACCGUCAGCUAUUUCUAGCCUCCCCGAUAAGGGGAACACAUGCCUUGUCUCUAAAUAUACAGACCCGGGUCAGGACACGAGUUCAAGAGAAACUGAUGGACUGGAAGGAAUUUCUGCUGGUGAAGAGCAAGAGAAACAUUACCAUGGUGACUUACUUGGAAGAAUUUCCUGGCUUGGUGCAUUUUAUUUAUGUGGAUCGCACAGUAGGACAAAUGGUGGCUCCUUCCAUAACCAUUGAAGAUAAAUCCACUACGGAGCUUGGAAACAGCGUAUUGGCGAAUUUCAUAAAAAACAAGGUUUGGUUCCUGAUCGGGAUGUCUCGCCGCUAUCUUCAGAAGGGCUACACCACACUCACAUUUCGAGAUGGCGAUUAUUAUUGUUGCUAUUUCCUGUGGUUUGAGAACGAAGCCGGGGAUAAACUGGAAGCCAUUGAUGUACCGGUGCUUGGAGACGACUCUGCUCCGAUAGGAAUGCUAGCAGGAGAAUAUUAUAGGAAAUUACUUCGAUAUUACAUUAACCAUCACCAGACGGAGGUGGUGAAGUGCUAUGAGCUGCUGACCCUGCACCUGGGCAUUAUCCCGCCGGAGUUCAUCAUCCAGCAGUGCCGGGACCUGGCUCGUAAGCUGUGGGAGCCUUCGCGUAUACCACUCCUGUGAAUCCGCAGCCGGGGAGGGACCGCCUCACCGGCCAUCGUCCUGACUCCAUCCCCUGCACGCGUCCACUCUGUACCGCACUGACGCGUCCACUCUGUACCGCACUGACGCGUCCACUCUGUACCGCACUGACGCGUCCACUCUGUACCGCACUGACGCGUCCACUCUGUACCGCACUGACGCGUCCACUCUGUACCGCACUGACGCGUCCACUCUGUACCGCACUGACGCGUCCACUCUGUACCGCACUGACGCGUCCACUCUGUACCGCACUGACGCGUCCUCUGUGUACCGCACUGACGCGUCCUCUGUGUACCGCACUGACGCGUCCACUCUGUACCGCACUGACGCGUCCACUCUGUACCGCACUGACGCGUCCACUCUGUACCGCACUGACGCGUCCACUCUGUACCGCACUGACGCGUCCACUCUGUACCGCACUGACGCGUCCACUCUGUACCGCACUGACGCGUCCACUCUGUACCGCACUGACACGUCCACUCUGUACCGCACUGACGCGUCCACUCUGUACCGCACUGACGCGUCCACUCUGUACCGCACUGACGCGUCAUAGCUCUUAGGAGAAAGCAGAGAAAAUAAGCCCAAAGAAAGCUGGUCGGCCAGGGCAGAGAUGCAGAGAUUGGUGUUUAAUUGGUGCAGUUAAAGGGUUUGUGUGAGGUU